AAUAAGAAGAUGAUACUUGGAUUCUUGUGGACAUUGUAUCGUAAAUACCGUAUUGCUGUGAUUAGUGAGGGAGACAAGAGCUCGGAAGAGGGUCUGUUGUUGUGGUGCAAGAACACAACGAAUGGAUAUAAUGGCGUCAAUGUUACAUCGUUCACAAAGACAUUCCGUGAUGGUCUGGCCUACUUGGCCCUGGCACACAAGUAUGACCGAAGCAAGUUCAACUACGCAGACUUUGAGAAGUUGGACCCACUGGCCAGAUUGAACGCCGCCUUUGAGUUUGCCGAGAAGGGCUUGGGUGUGCCCAAGUUGCUCGAGGCCGAGGCCGUCCUGCGUGGCACCACCGACGAGCGUUCGCUCGUACUCUACACCUCACUGUUCUUCCACGCCUACCGUGCCAAGGAGGACAAGGAGCGCCUCGAGCAGAACAAGUCCGACCUGGCCGGCAAGCUCGCUGGCCUGCAGAACUCGCUCGCCAACGAGAAGCUCAGCAGGGAGCAGCUGAUCAAGCAGAAGAAUGAACUGAAGGACAUGUUGGCUUCACUCGAGGCAGAGGCUGCCAAGCGCGAGAAGUUCCUCCGUGAGCUCGAGGACAAGCUCGAUGACCUGCUAAGGAACCUGGACUUUGAGCGCCAGUCCCGAUUCGACCUGGAGGCCCGUCUGUCCAAGACCGAGAAGGAGAAGGCAUUGUUGGAGCUCAAGCUGGCCGAGGCUCUGGCCGACAGGAAGAGGAUGGAGGCAGAGUUGGAGGCCAAUCGUAAAAGGGCUGCGGCUGAAGCACAGGCACUUGGACAGCUGCGCCAACAACUAGACCGUCAUGUCCAGGACUUGCUCAAGUGGCAGAAGGUCUCCCUUGAGAGCUCGUCCACCACAUCACUCGACUCACACAUCAUUGACGAGGUUGUCGGACUACCAUUCGGCGACCAGGUCAAGCAUUUGGCUACAAAGUUGGAGGAUGAGAACAAGGCCAUUCAAAAGUUAUUAGUCACCAAGGAGGAUGAUCUCAGGGCCAUGGCAAAGAAGAAGAAGGCAUCACCCGCCACCAAG